UUAUUUUUAAAUUUUGUUUACCAUUUGUUCCAAAUUUUCAAAUAUGCAUAAAGAGUGUGCCGUGUGUGUCAAAAAACUAGUAACCAGUAUAUAGUACAAGAGCUAUCUUUCAUUUGGUAUUGGGUGGUUGUGGACUUGUUCUUGAUCCAACAUGGGUUUUUCAGGAACUGAGUUUGAGGCCAAGGAAAGUGAUAAUCAUGUUGCUGAGAUGGAUGAUAAGGUGGAGGAGGUGAAUGAUAGUCCUAUUGAGCAAGUGAGGCUGACUGUGCCAAUAACAGAUGAUCCAACAUUGCCUUGCUUGACAUUCAGAACAUGGUUCUUGGGGAUCAUUUCAUGUGGAGUCCUGGCCUUCUUGAAUCAGUUUUUCGGGUUUCGACAGAAUCCUCUGUACAUUUCAUCUGUUUCAGCUCAGAUUGUGGUUCUUCCACUGGGGAAGCUAAUGGCAGCAACUCUGCCAAGGAAACCAGUUAGGUUUCCUGGAACAAGAUGGGAGUUUUCACUGAAUCCAGGGCCUUUUAACUUGAAAGAGCAUGUUCUGAUUACUAUCUUUGCCAAUUCUGGUUCCAAUUCUGUGUAUGCAGUGGGAAUUAUCACUAUUGUUAAAGCAUUUUAUCAUGGGGAAAUUCAUCCCAUGGCAGCUAUGUUGUUAACUCAAACCACUCAGUUGCUUGGAUAUGGAUGGGCUGGAGUUUUCCGAAAAUUUCUAGUUGAUUCUCCUUACAUGUGGUGGCCUUCUAAUCUGGUUCAAGUUUCUCUCUUCAGAGCAUUACAUGAAGAUGAAAAGAGGCCGAAAAGAGGCUUGACUAGGCUGCAGUUCUUCCUCAUGGUUCUUGUGUCAAGCUUCUCAUAUUACAUAGUUCCUAACUACCUGUUUCCCUCUAUAACUGCCCUCUCAUUUGUGUGCUGGAUUUGGAAGGAUUCUGUCACAGCACAACAGAUUGGCUCCGGCCUUAAGGGACUUGGCAUUGGCUCAUUCGCGCUUGAUUGGUCCACAGUUGCUGGUUUUCUAGGCAGUCCCUUGGCCACGCCUGGAUUUGCAAUCAUGAACAUAAUGGCUGGUUUCAUAAUUGUGGUCUACAUACUCAUACCUAUUGCUUACUGGACAGAUGCCUAUGGUGCAAAGAGAUUUCCAAUUUACUCUUCUCAUGUGUUUGAUUCCGAGGGUAAUAAAUACAACGUAUCAACCGUUCUUAACUCCAAAACCUUCAGUUUCAACCAAAAGGGAUAUGAUGAUUACAGCCAGAUCAAUCUCAGCAUUUUCUUCGUGUAUGCUUAUGGCAUAAGCUUUGCCACACUGGCCGCCACCUUGUCUCAUGUUGCACUCUUCCACGGGAGAUCGAUAUGGAAGCAAACAAGAGCAUCUGUUCAAGACAAGUUCGGAGAUGUGCACACUAGGUUGAUGAAGAAGAACUAUGAUCCUGUCCCUCAAUGGUGGUUCUAUUCAAUUUUGAUCAUUGUAGUUGCAUUAUCUCUGCUUGCUUGUGAGGGCUUUGGAAGACAGCUUCAACUACCUUACUGGGGAGUCCUAUUGGCAAUAUCUCUGGCUCUUGUUUUCACCUUGCCAAUUGGAGUCAUCACAGCUACAACAAACCAACAACCAGGGCUGAAUGUCAUUACAGAACUUAUUAUUGGUUACAUGUAUCCUGGCAAACCUCUUGCCAAUGUGGCUUUCAAAACUUAUGGCUACAUAAGUAUGUCACAAGCGAUUAUGUUCCUCGGUGAUUUCAAGCUAGGCCAUUACAUGAAGAUUCCCCCCAAGUCUAUGUUCAUUGUCCAGUUAGUCGGAACAGUAAUAGCAUCCUCUAUUUACUUUGGAACAUCUUGGUGGCUCCUGACAACGAUAGAGUUCAUCUGUGACCCUACAAAAUUGCCUGAAGGAAGCCCGUGGACAUGCCCUGGAGACGACGUUUUCUACAAUGCCUCCAUCAUAUGGGGAGUUGUUGGUCCUCAGCGUAUGUUUGGAAAUCUGGGGCUGUACUCAAAGAUGAACUACUUCUUUCUGUUUGGCAUACUUGCACCAUUCCCAGUCUGGAUCCUUUCCAAGAUAUACCCGGAGAAAAAAUGGAUUCGCCUCAUAAACAUGCCAAUUCUAAUAUCAGGAGCAGGGGCUAUGCCCCCAGCAAGGGCUGUGAACUACAUCUGCUGGAUCAGUGUGGGACUCUUCUUCAAUUUUGUCGUGUACAGACGAUACAAAGCCUGGUGGGCUAGGCACAACUAUAUCCUGUCAGCCGGACUAGAUGCUGGAGUUGCAUUCAUGGCCAUUCUCUGCUAUUUCACAUUGCAGGUUAGAGAUAUCAAUGGAAUGAACUGGUGGGGAUUGGAAUUAGACGAUCAUUGUCCUCUGGCAAGCUGUCCGACUGCCCCUGGUAUAGUCGUCGACGGCUGUCCUGUAUUCUAGUGACACUAAAAUGGACACUGGCAUCAUCUGUUUGGUUCCUUGUGUAAUGUUGCCAUAUGUAUUGUACCACAGACUCUUAUACAUACAGACUACAGAUACAAUUCAAAUGUCUGAACAUUUCCAGCAACUAUUGUCCUGACUGCAGAUGGAUUCUUUCGAAAGAGAAUGAUGCCAGUUAUAGAUUAUGAAUCUGUUGACUUGUCCUGCUGCUACUGUUUUAUAUGUCUUUGUUUGUUCAGUUAACAGUUAAGUUGUGUAAGAUGCCAGUUGCAUUCAAACAGAUUAUAAGGAUCAGAUUUUACCA